CUGGAAAGCUGAAGCCGGACACACAUUUCCGUCUCGUAGCGGCCUGAGUAUUUUUGCAUCUAGUCUUCUUUUACAUCUCCAAUUUUGCUUCUAUCUAUGAGCGCUUCGUUAAUAUAAAGGACUUGCGCCGCAAACGCGCACAAACUCCUCCCCAAUCGUCUUCCGCGAACGCACUUUGCCUACAUCCUCCUCCUCAGACUUACACCAGCGCGGUGCCAAUAUGGCCGAUGCCAACGGUGCCAAUGGGCACGCCGUAGUCGACAAUGAUCGGUACGCAUGGAUGCCAACGACAGUUGAUAUUCCGCUUGGAGAGGGCGACGAGACGGACGUGGUCGAAAUCUCACUUACAGAAUUAUGGGACGACCCGACGGAGCUGUGCACGCUGCUAGAGAAUGAGAACAUCAAACCGGACUUCUGGUUCUUGACAGCGCUCGCCUAUGCGAAGCAGCAGAAGAUGGACGUUGCCAUUGGCAUAUUAAAGCAAGGCUUGUCCAACUUCUCCGGCCCCAAGCAGGCGCAAGAUCGACUCGGCAUAUUGAAUGCGCUGUGCUGGAUGUAUUUGUGGAAGUGUAGGGAUGCGCCCAGAGUGUCUGUGGAUAAUGUGGUAGAUGCGCCAGCGUUCUGGGCGAGCAGUACCCAGAUGGCGAGCAUGAACGGGGCUCCUGGUGGAGAAGACAGCGUUAAGACAAAGGAGCAUUGGCUGAGAGAAGCUACUGGCGCUCUUAACGAAGCAUCGAGGAUUUCACCCUCGUAUCCACCUGUCUUUCUUGCGAGAGGCGUACUUUCCUUGCUUCGUGCGUCACUACAGCGACCGGAAGAGCGACAGGACAGCUUGCGGCAGGCGUUGAAAAGCUUUGACGACGCGCUGAGGUCAUCCGGUAACCGCAACAUCAUGGCCACAAUGGGAAAAGCAAGGGUCCUUUAUGCUAUGGGCAAAUAUAGCGAAGCUUACACAGUUUAUCAAUCCGUGCUUAGAGCAGCCCCCUCACAAACGGAUCCUGACCCGCGAAUUGGCAUCGGAUGUUGCUUGUGGCAGCUUGGUCACCACGAAGAGGCGCAUAACGCGUGGCAGAGGGCUCUUGAAUUGCGACCGAAUUCAAAGACUGCCCUGAUGAUGAACGCACUCUACUGGCUGCACGCAAGUUCUCAGCUUCCUACCACCGAUCCAAAGUUCCGCCCGAUGUACAAUAGAGCCAUGCAGGAACUGACACAGAAGGCUUGGAAAGUGGAUAAUCGAUAUCCAAUCAUAAACUCGACGUUUGGCAACUUUUUCAUGACUAUGAAAAGAUGGCCUCAGAUGCAGAAACUUGCGAAAACGGCGAUUGAGCAGUCCGAAGUCAGUGCAAUUGCUAGUGACGGCUGGUACUUGUUGGCUCGUAUGGCUCAUUCACAAGGCGAGCUUAAACAGGCACUGGAGUUCUAUUCGCGAUCGGACCAGGCACGAGGAGGUGAUGGGCGUGGAGGCGACGACAAAGGUUAUCUUCCUGCUAAGUUUGGCAUGGCUCAAAUAAAAGUGCUGCUCGAAGAUAAUGUCGACGCGAAGUUCAGACUUGAGAGAUUGUAUCGCCAAAAUCGGUCUCCAGAAGUUAUGACCUUGCUUGGCACCCUCUAUGCGGAGGAUUAUUUUGCAAACUCGAUCAUGGGCGCCAAGGAUGAAGAUAAGGCUGAAGCUUGGAAGAAGGCAGUUUCGCUCCUAGAGGCAGUACGCACGACGUGGAAGGACCCCAAACGAAAGUACACUGAGGAUCCCGAUGUUCUACUCAACCUUGCGAGACUGUACGAAAUCGAAUCUCCGGAAAAGAGUAUGCAAUGUCUCCAGCACGUUGAGAGGCUACAGAUUGAAAAGUUGCCCGAAGACAAGAGAGAAGUGGACGAAGGCGAGGAUGCUGAUCGCGCGAUGAGGAUACAACUGCCACCAGAGCUGAUUAACAAUAUCGGCUGCUUCCAAUUUUUGGCCGAGAAAUACGCCCAAGCGACGCAGAGCUUCCAGGAUGCGCUUGACAGCUGUAUUCGUGUGAAUCAGGAGGAUGUUGACAACGAAGUUGAUACGGACGCCCUCAUUACGUCAAUCAGCUAUAACCUUGCACGCAGCUAUGAAGCUCAGGGUGACGAGCAGAACCUUGCCAGAGCGACCGAGACAUACGAAGGGCUGUUGAAGCGUCAUCCCGGUUACCUUGAUGCUCAUGCAAGAUUAGCAAAGAUGAAACUCGAUUCAGAUCCGUCAGGCGAAGGUCCCAAGAAGAUUUCUGAAGUAUAUCACAGUGCAGAGGACAAUCUAGAAAUCCGUGCCCUCUAUGGCUACUAUCUCAACAAGGCUAAGCGGAAAACCAACAACAUUGCCGAGGACCAGGAGCAGCGCCAUAUGAAGCACACUCUCCGCGAUUACAAUAAACACGAUCAUUACUCGCUUGUAGCUAUGGGUAAUGUUCACCUCGCGAUCGCGAGAGAGAUGGAUCGCCUCACAGACCAAGACAAGGAAAAGCGUCGGAAAAUGUAUCACAAAGCCGUCGAAUUUUUCGCUAAGGCACUUGAGCUGGAUGAAAAGAAUGCAUAUGCCGUGCAAGGUCUUGCAAUCGCAAUCACAGAAGAUCAGAAAAAUCUCUCCGCAGGUAUCCAGCUUUUCACGCAAGUGCGUGAGGUACUCAAGGACGUCAGUGUGUACAUGAACUUGGGUCAUGCUUAUUGUGAGCUGAAACAAUAUGCGCGAUCCAUUGAGAAUUAUGAAGCAGCUUUGCAGAAGGAUGGUGGUAGAGAUGCCACUCUCCUGGCCUGCUUAGGCCGCACUUGGCUUCAACGAGCGAAACAAGAAAACAGCCUUCAGGGGAUGAAAUCGGCGCUCGACUACUCCCAACGGGCCUACGAGGCUAGCCGUCACAGCGUGCCCUUUAAGUUUAACGUCGCAUUUGUUCGCAUUCAGAUUGCACAGCUCCUUUUUGCUCUUGAUAAAUCCAAACGCACGUCAGCAGAUUUGCAAUCCGCUCUCGAAGGUCUCGACGAAGCUGUUCAGGCUUUCGAAGAAGUGGCUCAGAGCCCCAAACCACCGUAUCCGCAGAGAGAUAUCGAACAGCGUGCAGUCAUGAUCCGAAACACGAUGCGAAAACAAUUGGAGCGUGCGUUGGAGGAGCAGAAUGAAUAUGAACAAGCAAAUGCGUCACGUCUGGCUGAGGGCAAAGCGCGUCUCGAGGCAGAAAAGCAGGCUAGGGAGGCAGCAGAACGCGCUAGAAGAGAGAAGGAGGCCGAGCAGCGGGCAAAGAUUAUGGAGGAGCGGAGGAAGAUGCAAGAACGUGAUCAGGAACUCGCAGCCGCAAGGGCAGAAGAGGAGAGGCGGCGUGAGGAGGAGAUGAUGACCACAGAUGAGGAAACAGGGGAACGGAAGAAGAGAGUCAAGAAGAAAGGACAGGGUGGGAAGCGCAAGAAGAAGGACGUCGAUAGCGAGAGUGAUGGUGAUGGUGGAACAUCCAGCCGGGCACGUAGUCGCAGUGUUGUGGACGCAGAGGACGAAGGAGAGCCACGUCGAAAAAAGAAGAGGACGCUACAUAAGAAAGGCAGGGCCGAAAAGCCGGGCAAAUACAAGUCAGCCGAGUUUAUCAACUCGGAGGAUGAGGAUGAUGACGAUGGAGUUGCUGCGCCGGCUGCGAAUGGCGAUGAGAACGGAGCUCCCACACCGGAGGCUCCAGCUGAUUCCCCUCUUCCGGAGAUUGACGAUUUGCCCAAUGAAGAUGGUGUUGAAGAUGAGGAGGAUGAGGAGGAAGCAGCUGUGGCGACGAGAAAACGAAGGCCAGCAAGAAUAGUGGAAGAUGAGGACGAAAUGGAUGAGGAUUAGUACUCAAACACUCGAAAAACGAGCACGGGCAGUGCUGGCGUGUCUAAUUACUUUAUCUGCAUCAAGCCUCGGCGUUGGGCAGCACUUUCGGAGAUCUUAGAAUUAGCAAGCCGUAUAUCAGCGGGAUUCGGACAAAAUGAGAAACGCCUCUAAGUGUUGGGCAGGCACGAGCACGUAUCUUCCAUCGUCUUUCUUCAUUGGCGAUUGCUUUCAGGAAGAGCAAGGACACAGUUUGGCCUGAUCUGUCAGCUAAAACCAACGUUUGCUGGUGUCGUUUUCUGCCG